AUGUCUCCUCCAAUAGGCACCGCCACAUCAAUUCACCAUAGUAUCUCCUUAAUUUUCGUCUCCCCUGAAUUCCAUAAGAAACCAUGUUUUAAACCCUUAUUUCCUCCUCACGCCGAUCAGAAUGUUGUUCUGAAGUCUCGGCUGAACCAUCAAUUUGUUUCCUCAAGAGCUUCGUCUGGCCGAGCUUACUACUCCAUUUCAGCAAAUUCCAGAGGAAUUAGUGACAGUAGGGAUGAUCUCUUACGUGAUAAAGAUUGGACAAUUGACCCGGAGCUCCGAGCUGUGCUGGAGCUUGCUACUGAUUCUGAAUUAUUUGAGCUUGAGCAUAUUUUAUUUGGUCCAAGCUAUCUCAGCCCGUUAUUGAAGUCAAUGUCAAAAAGAGAUGAAAUUGAUUACUUCAUGAUCGGAGUGGACCCUGAGGAGAGAGAGCAUUAUAUAUGCAUGCUGGCUAAGAGAUUCCUGUACCUUGCUGCUGAUGCCUAUUCCAUACUGAGGUUUAGGAGACCUUCAUACAGAGAUGUACUACUUGGUGUAAGAAAGAAGCUACAGGUGCCUUGUUCAUCUAAAUUGUCUACGGAGGAUCUUGAAGCUGAAAUUUUCCUUCAUUUGCUACAGGAUUACACAAGAGAAGACUUUCAAAGGUUCUACAGCUUAGAGGAUGAUGUCAUGCUUUCUGAUGGAAAUGGUCCUUUGGAACGUGGACUCAGUCAGUGGAAGGUGCAAACAACUGCAGCUUUAAGGGGUGGGUUGGCAGAGAUACGGUCUCUGAUCUUGAAGGGAGGUGGAGUUCUUACUGUGGGAAAAAUGUAUGAAGUGCUAGGAAGGAAACUCUCUGGGGUAAUGUUUCAGGAAGCUGCCAAGUAUCAAUUGAAAAAGGAAGUAAUUAAAAAGGGAGUGCAAGUGGCGGCUACGAGUCUAGAAUCUAGAGUGGCUUUGCUUGCUGCCGAAGAGGGUCUUGCAGCUGCUGCCUUCAAUUAUCUUGGUCUUCGGGCUCUGAUGACAUUUUUUGGCUCAAUGCUUUGGGGAUUUUUAGUUGCAGAUGUUGUCAAGCAGAUGGCUGGAACUGACUAUGCCAGAAUUUUGAGGGCCAUCUAUGCAUUUGCACAGAUUCGUAUACUGCGCACAUAUCGUUCACCAUCUGAUUCUGGCUGA